AUGACCAUCCUUAAUGGACGAUUGGUUCAAAUAUUUUCGAUGCUAACGACAUUUGUUCACCUUCCUGAAGCCAAAACUUAUAUCAUUGAAGGUUUAUCUGGAGGAAAGAUUGAGCUUCCGUGUAACAUGACCUCCUCUCCAUCAAAUGACAAAGCUGUCCUAGUCCUCUGGUAUAAGGAUAAUGUGCUGAUUCCAGUCUAUACUUUCGAUGCAAGAAUAGGUCCACUUUGGCAGGGAAGACACUCGUCAAGCGACAAUUUGGCAGGUCGGGCUUACCUUACAACUGUAAAUAGUCCUGCUAAACUUGUCAUUGAGCCAAUCACUCUUUCAGACCGUGGAUCAUACCGUUGUCGAGUGGAUUUCAACAAAACAAGGACAAGUUAUACUGAUAGCGUCUUGAAGGUCAUUGUAUUGCCAUCAAAACCUGUGAUAAAAGAUGAAAAUGGGAAUAAUCUUGAAAGCCUUAUAGGACCAUACAACGAGGGCGAACCUUUAAAACUUUCAUGCGAAGUAAUUGGAGGCAUUCCAAUACCGACUGUAACUUGGUGGCGAGAAACGAUCCUAUUGGACGACACUGCAAUAAAGAAGAGAAUAGGUCCAAUUGUUAAUGAAAUGUCGAUACCAAUGUUGAAGCGUCACCAUUUGAUGGCGACAUUUACUUGUGUAACUUCAAAUAAUAAUAUAUCUUCUCCAUUAUCAACAGUUGUAACAGUUGACAUGAAUUUUAAACCUCUUGUUGUGAAAAUUGAUCGGCACAACCAGUCGUUUUCAGAAGGAAGUCCAGCUCAAGUUAGCUGCUGGACAGCUGGAUCGCGACCUCCAGCAACAAUAGAGUGGUUUAAAGGAAAUCGACAGCUGAAGACUGCUUUUUCCAAUGUUUCCAAUCAUGAAAAUGUUACUAUUAGUCUGCUAACUUUUUUACCCUCUGUAAAUGACGACAAAAAGCCUCUUUCAUGCUCAGCGGUGAAUCCUUUGAUACCAGAUAGCAUGUUGACCGAUACGCAAUCUUUAGAUGUUCGAUGUAAGUAUACAACUUAA